GAUAAAGUGUACAACGUAUUUUUCUUUUUAUUUCCCAUAGCCGAUAUACGUGUUCGUCAAUUUCAUACUCCAAAACAGAUACCAUGAGAUUUUCGGUAACCGUUUUAUCAAUUUUUGCGUUGUGUUUGUGGGCUGGCGUGAGUUUAUUAUGGUUUCUUAGUUACGAAAAUAGUUUUCUACGUUUAUUGUCUACAAGAUUGUUCGGUGCAAAUGGACAAAUGGGUGCACCGGUUCUCCUGAAUCUAGAUAGUCUAAGUAAAAAGGUCCAGCAGGAAAUAACAGAUAGUUUUGAUAAAUAUGGAUAUAAUUCGUACGUUAGUGAUCUUAUUGGUUUCCAUCGCUCUCUACCGAAUCCUUGUCCUUCGUCUUGUAAAGAAAACGAAAAAAGCUUACCGAAAACCUCGGUAAUAGUUACAUUCCACGACGAAUCACUUUCAGUUUUAAUGAGAACAAUUAAUUCGUUAUUGAAUAACACAUCGCAAGAAUUACUAGAAGAAAUUAUUCUGGUAGACGAUGCUUCUGCAGAAGUUCGCAUUGAAAAACAUUUAGAUGAUUAUUUGGUUAAGACAAAGAACAUUAAAAUAAUACGCUCAAAAGAACGUAACGGCUUAUCAAGAAGUCGAAUGAUCGGUUUGAAAUAUGCGAGUGCAGAAGUUGUGACGUUUGCUGAUUCGAACUGCGAAUUUCCCGCGGGAUGGCUUGAACCCCUACUCAAAGAAAUUAAAACUAAUGAAAACGUUAUCGUUAGCCCAGUCUUAGAUAUAAUAGAUCCCUAUACAUUUGAAUACAAAAUAACUAAACACGUUUUCGUUGGGGGUUUUAAUUGGAAUUUGAAGUUCAAAUGGCUUGCAAUUCCACCAAGGCGUGACGAAACAGCACCUGUUACAACACCAGUUCUUCCUGGGGGAGUUUUCAGCAUUUCAAGAUCCUUUCUGCUAAAGAUCGGAGGGUUCGACGAGGGCCUUUCGUAUAUUGGCGGUGAAAUUUUCGACAUAUCGUUUAGAGGGUGGAUGUGCGGAGCAACAAUAAAAAUUGUACCGUGUUCUCAUGUGGGAUAUUUGUUUCCAACGAAAAUAUCACAGAAGCUGCUUCCCAAGGAGGAGGAUUUGUUAAAAAAUUUGCAAAGAAUUGCAAAGGCUUGGAUGGACGAUUAUGUAGGAUUGUUUUACGAACGAACUGGUGCCAGGCACAUAAAACCGCCUGACGUGUCAAAAGAAACUGAAAUACGUAGAAAAUUAAGUUGUAACUCUUUCGAAUGGUACUUAGAAAAUGUGUAUCGUGAUUUUCAUGUUCCCAAGGAUACUGUUUUUGCUGGCCGAUUGCGUAACUUUGAUUUUGCAGUGUGUUUGGGUUCACAAAUUGAUGCUUAUAAACAUUUUCAUCCGGUAAAUAUCGACGAGAAUUGCGAACGAAUUGAAGAAAAUUACUGGUUAUUUACAAAUGAUGGCAAAAUACGACAGGACGAUUUUUGUUUGGAGCGAAACGAUGAUGAAGUACAUUUGAAAUUAUGUGAUGAUGGCAAGUUUCAGUUGUGGACUUAUAAUGAAACAACCCGAGAGAUAAGAUUGCAAGGUGAUAACGAUAUAUGUUUGGGUGUGUUUUUAAAUACUGAAACUAACACCAGAAAUAUCGGGAUACAAAACUGUAACAAUAGAUAUUUUGGUAAAGCGUGGACAUUUGAAAUGUUCUGAUUUUUAGAUUGUUAUUUUUUGUUAAUAAAUCAUAUAUUAAA